AGACGUUAGCUGCAUAUUUAAUGCUUGCUAAAUCGGUAUUGCUGGUACUAGGUGGAAAUAGUACGGAGGGAUCAGUCGUGUGUCCUAUCUUCAAAAUGUUUGUGAAAUCGUUGGUGGUUCUUGCCUUUGUAGGUUUAGUCAGCUCUAGUGCAGUACCCCUAACAAAAUGCAAGAUAGACGACACCAAAUGCAUCAAACAGAACACGGAAGUCCUGAUCCCUCUGUUCUCUGCCGGAAUCCCGGAUCUUGGCAUCGAGCAGUUGGACCCCGUCUCGUUCAAGAAGAUCGACUCCAGCAGCGAUGUGCUGAGGCUGAUCUUCAAAGAUGCUACCCUUAAAGGGCUGAGCACGUGCCGAUUCAAGAGUGUUAAACGCGACGCUUCCAAGUUGAACGCCAAAAUCCACUGCGAUGUCUCCCUGGACGGCAAGUACGACAUGAAGGGACAAAUCCUGGGUCUCCCCAUCAACGGUGAUGGAAACAUGCACAUCGAGCACGAAAAGGUUGAGAUCACCUUCGAACUGAGCUACAAGGAAGAAACAGGAGCUGACGGCAAGAAGCAUUGGAUCACCGGUGCGUGGACGCAUACUUUCGCGUACAAGGGCAAGACCAAGUUGGAGUUCGACAACCUUUUCGGUGGAAACGAAAUUUUAGGCCGUGCCGCCCGCGAACUCAUGAAGACCAGCGCCAACGAUAUAGCGACCAUCACCGCCGGACCUGUGAUCAAAACAAUCACGGCCAGAAUUCUAAAGAACGUCAAGAUCUUCUUCGAGAAAGUGCCAGUGGAAGAUUUUGUUCUAGAAUAAGACAAAAUUUGCCAUAGGGAAUUGUCGUAACUGAAGCGACAUAUAUAAAGCUGUCGUUUUUCGCCGAUCUGUUUAUCAAAAUGGUUUGUGCGACUGUCGGUUCAGUUAGGACAAUAGGGUCCUCAUUUAUGUACGGUCAAGGAUUCAAUUUCAGUACCAUUUCGUACCUUGUGACUAGUAUGAGGUUCCUAGCGACUUUCAUAUUGGUUGUCACUGUGACAAGGUACGAAAUGGUACUGAACUAUUAAGUCAUUUGACCGUACAUGCGAUGCGUACACAAUAUCGAUUUAUGAAAAUUUAUGAAACGUCAGACAAUGAAAACGUGAUCCUUGUUCGGAAAACGCUGUUAUAAUCAUACCCCGGUGUUUUGAAUGCGGUAAUAUUUGACACUAGCCAAAAAAUAGUUUACAAUAAACAAAGUGAUGAAUACCUACACGAAGUAAUUGUCACUUACUAAAACCCCGGGGUACGCUUAUAAUGCUUUUGCUUUGUCGCAAAACUAGGAGGUCUAAGUUUACAACCUAAAUGUGGGAACAGCUAUAAUUUCGAACCGAAAGUCUGGCCGAGUUAUAUGGUAGUCCUAGCCUAGACUAUCCGGUCGCAUUACUAUGGGUUUAACCUCCUAAGGCCAUACAAAAACUGCCAUUUGAAUUUGGAAUCAAUACUGAAGGAAAUAUGGUUGAAUUUCUUUUGAUUUGAAAUCAAUCACUUUCAUUUCAAAAUGGUUUUAAUUACGGUGAAGUAAAUAGUACUCCUGGUAGGACAGUGGGCCUUACGAAGUAAAAUGAUGAUUGCUAGUGAAGUGCAUUUAGUCACAAAGAGAUGAAGUGGACAUAAUGGUUAAUUUCUUCUCGACUUUGACGAACAUGUUACAUAAAGAGAAAUGUCACAAGUUGUAUUAUAAAUCUUUAAAACCCCUUAUCGGCCAGACUUUAGGGCACAGAGACAUAAAGAACUGCAAUUCAACUGGGAAAGCCAACUUUGAUUUAUCUUUUUCGUAAACUUUGCAGUCGGAAUGUAGUAAGAAUGUGUGUAGCUAUUACUAUGUAUAAUAUAGUUUGUUUUUUCUAUUAUACAAUAAUACGCCAUACAUUUUUUAUGCAAGUAACAAAUGAGCCUUCCAUACAAUUUCCUUUAGGCAGUGCUUUAUAGUUAAAAACAGACUAUAGUCCACUCGAGGUUAGCUGGGCGCUGGAGGUUCGAGUGUAGCUAAAAUGUUUGAAGUACUGAACUCGUGUAAAUCGGGCGUUAUUUUUGUUACUCGCCAAGAACUGAAAUGGGAAAUGUUGCGACGACGGUUUUUUUAUAAUUUUAUUAAUAAAAUAUUUUGAGAACUUA